GUGAUUCCCCAGGCCAGUGUUGGAGAGGUGCACCACACCCUCCGCACCCCCUUCCAGAGGGUUGAUGACUUCUUCAUCCCUCCAACCAACCUCAUCAUCACUCACGUCAGGUACGGAUGUCCCGCUAACCUUAAACACGGUGGUGAACUCACCACCUCAACAUCGCAAUCCCUCUCAAGUGGAGGAAAAAAUAGCAAAUUAGAAUUUUAAUGAGAAUCCUGACCACACUGUAAUCACCAAAAAAUACCAUUAACCUUUCCCUUGAACUUUGUCAUCUUAGGUUUGGCUUCGCCUUCCUCAAAUCUGAACCUGCGGUGCAUAAGAUUGACUUGGAGACCUUCCACCGCGUCAAGACCAUCAGCCUGAAGAACUACAGCUGUGUGCCCGUCAGCAUGGCUUACACACACCUGAGUGGAUUCUACUUCAUCCAGUGCCAGUCUCAGAGCAGGGACCCCUCGUCAGCCCAGCCACAGCUCCUCAUCGACAGUGUCACCGACACCGUCAUUGGGCCCAACCUCAACAUCACGGGCCAGCCCUACGUGUCCCCGAAUGGCCGCUACAUCGUCACACCGGACCAGCAGCGCGGCAAGCUCAGAGUUCAAACAGUGUCCUUCCAGGGGGUGCUGGGUCUGAGCUGGGAGUUGGACACCACUCUCCUUGUGUCCGACCUGGUCUUCCAGCCCUCCUUCACUGAGUCCAACCAGUACACGGUGGUAGCUGCCUCUGGCUCAGGCAUGGACCUGCUCUUCUCUGACCUGGCGUCAGGCCACAGCGAGGUCCUCAGGAGCCUCAAGGAGCCCCUGUCACCCCACACCUGGCCCUGGGGGGGCCCCAACAGAGUGGUGGUGUCCAGUGGACUGUUUGGCCAGUACCUGGUCACCCCCUCAGCGGAGUCCCUCUUUGUGUUGAACGGCAAACAGAAGACGCCCCAUUGCGAGGUGUCAGACAUCAAGAGAGGGAACACAGUGGUGUGGGUGGGAGAGGUAUGA